AUGCCAGCUAGCCGAAGGUCGCGUCGGAGCAUGCCCAAGGUUCGAACAGGAUGCGCUAUUUGCAAGUCUCGACGAGUGAAAUGCGAUGAAGAGCGACCUAGUUGUCGACGAUGCGUUAGCACCGGUCGGGAUUGCCCAGGUUACACCGAAGAGCUUCGUCCAAGUGUUGCGAUCAAGAUAUACAAGAUUCCUUUCAAGGCCCCCGGCAGUCGACAGGACCGCGAACUACUUCACUUUUUCUGUUGUGAAACGGCAGGAUGCCUUUCUCGGUUCUCCGACACGACACUCUGGACUCAUCUCAUUCUACAGCGCAGUCAACAUCAGCCUGUUAUUCGCAACGCUCUUGUCACGCUCAGUUCCUUGCACCGAGACUAUUUGCGAGUUGGGUCAGCUUUACUUGAAGUGUCUUCCAAGAACAUCAAGCUUAUUCUCCGAUCUCACAAACAAUUAUUGCAUCUUCUUGGACGGGAUGCCUCGCCGGAGGCGGCCCUUAUCUGCAGUCUCAUUUUUUACAUAUUUGAGUGUCUAAUUGGCAACACGCAGCUAGCUAUUUGGCAUCUAGACCAGGGUCUAAAACUGCUACGACAGUGCUGCAUGGACCAAACCCUUGACGCCGGGUCAGACACCACUUCGGCACAACUGGUGGCAGUCUUUACUCGUCUCGAUAUUCAUGCGAGCAUCUUUUCCUAUGAGCGAAUUCCUAUCCUAGAGCUUACCUCAACUAAACAAGUUUCUGGCCUAGCUUCUGUGGUCCCAGAGCAAUUUUCUAGUCUUACUGAUGCUGAAGAAACCCUGGUUGUUCUGCAGAACUGGACAAUGCGCCACCUAGUGCUUUAUGUCGAAUACAAACUAAAACCUCUGGACGAGGUACCAGCCAAUAUUCUACAUGAGAGACUGCAGCUAGAGAUCGAAUUUCGACGAUUAGAAGAUGGAAUCGCCAAUGUUGGGUCUGAUCCACACAAGGAGACUUUCACCGUCUCAGACGUACAACGCAAACUCCUACUCCAAAGUCAGACAUCCACCUUUCAUGGUGCGCUACUCGAAACUUUUCUGCUUCCAUUUAGCCAGUCAGAUACGUCAGUUCAGGCCUACUACAAAUUUGAACUUGCUCUCAACCAAAUCUCAAGCCUACUUUCUCUGUCCAACACGUCGAAAAAUUCUGCAGCCUCAAACCGUGAUUUUACACUGUCCACAAAUAUCAUUGCAAUGCUGUACUUUAUUUGCAUGAAGACCAGAAGUUGCCGUAUACUGCACAUGGCGCUUUCCUUGAUGCAAGACUCUCUGUCUUCAGCACGCGAUGGGCUUUGGGACGCACGAAAGGCGGCUGUGGUCAUUCAAGCUAUGCUAUCGGAUGGUGAUAAGGAUUCUGACGACCCGGAAAUUGUCGCGAAGCUGGAGGACGUCGGUUCUGGAAUUUUGGAUGCUAGUAGUGGAUUGGAUGAAGUAUUCCAGAUGUUGAGGAUUUCAGAAAGUCUAGAUUCCAAAGAUCCAUUGAAGAAAUGA